GAGGACGUGUCCGCGAAGAUGGCGGGUCGGAGUAUGCAAGCUGCGAGAUGUCCUACAGAUGAAUUAUCUUUAACCAACUGUGCAGUUGUGAAUGAAAAAGAUUUCCAGUCUGGCCAGCAUGUGAUUGUGAGGACCUCUCCCAGCCACAGGUACACAUUUACACUGAGGACCCAUCCAUCAGUGGUUCCAGGGAGCAUUGCAUUCAGCUUACCUCAGCGAAAAUGGGCUGGACUUUCUAUUGGGCAAGAAAUAGAAGUGUCCUUAUAUACGUUUGACAAGACCAAACAAUGUGUUGGCACAAUGAUCAUCGAGAUUGAUUUCCUGCAGAAAAAAAGCAUCGACUCCAAUCCUUAGGAUACCGACAAGAUGGCAGGAGAAUUUAUUCAACAGUUCAACAACCAGGCAUUCUCAGUGGGACAACAGCUUGUAUUUAGCUUCAAUGAAAAGCUUUUUAGCUUAGUAGUAAAGGAUAUUGAAGCCAUGGAUCCCAGCAUCCUGAAGGGAGAGCAGGGGACAGGUAAAAGACGAAAGAUUGAACUAGGACUGGUUCUUGGAAAUAGUCAAGUUGCAUUUGAAAAAGCAGAAAAUUCAUCACUCAGUCUUACUGGCAAAGCUAAAACCAAGGAAAAUCGCCAGUGUAUCAUCAAUCCUGACUGGAACUUUGAAAAAAUGGGAAUAGGAGGUCUGGACAAAGAAUUUUCAGAUAUUUUUCGACGAGCAUUUGCUUCCUGAGUGUUUCCUCCGGAGAUUGUGGAACAGAUAGGUUGCAAACAUGUUAAAGGCAUCCUGUUAUAUGGGCCCCCAGGUUGUGGUAAGACUCUCUUGGCUCGACAGAUUGGCAAGAUGUUGAAUGCAAGAGAACCCAAAGUGGGCAAUGGGCCAGAAAUUCUUAACAAAUAUGUGGGAGAAUCAGAAGCUAAUAUUCGUAAACUCUUUGCUGAUGCUGAAGAGGAGCAAAGAAGGCUUGGUGCUAAUAGUGGUUUGCACAUCAUCAUCUUUGAUGAAAUUGAUGCCAUCUGCAAGCAGAGAGGGAGCAUGGCUGGUAGCACGGGAGUCCAUGACACUGUCGUCAACCAAGUGCUGUCCAAAGUUGACGGGGUAGAACAGCUGAACAACAUCUUAGUCAUUGGAAUGACCAACAGACCAGAUCUGAUAGAUGAAGCUCUCCUUCGAUCUGGAAGACUGGAAGUUAAAAUGGAAAUAGGCUUACCAGAUGAAAAAGGUCGACUACAAAUCCUUCACAUCCACACAGCAAGGAUGAGAGGGCAUCAGUUACUCUCUGCAGACGUAGAUAUUAAAGAACUGGCCACAGAGACCAAGAAUUUCAGCGGUGCUGAAUUGGAGGGUCUGGUGCAAGUGGCACAAUCCACUGCUAUGAACAGACACGUAAAGGCCACUACUAAAGUUGAAGUGGACAUGGAAAAAGCAGAGAGCCUGCAGGUGACAAGGGGAGAUUUCCUCGCUUCUUUGGAGAAUGAUAUCAAACCAGCAUUUGGCACAAACCAAGAGGAUUGUGCAAGUUACAUUAUGAAUUGUAUUAUCAAAUGGGGUGACCCAGUUACUCGAGUUCUAGAAGAUGGAGAGCUGCUGGUCCAGCAGACGAAAAACAGUGACCGCACACCACUGGUUAGCGUCCUGUUGGAAGGCCCUCCUCACAGUGGGAAGACUGCGUUAGCUGCGAAGAUUGCAGAGGAAUCCAACUUCCCCUUCAUCAAGAUCUGUUCUCCUGAUAAGAUGAUUGGCUUUUCUGAGACAGCCAAGUGUCAGGCCAUGAAGAAGAUCUUCGAUGAUGCAUACAAAUCCCAGCUCAGUUGUGUAGUCGUGGAUGAUAUUGAGAGACUGCUUGAUUAUGUCCCUAUUGGCCCUCGAUUUUCUAAUCUGGUAUUACAGGCUCUUCUUGUGUUACUGAAAAAGGCUCCUCCUCAGGGCCGCAAGCUUCUUAUUAUUGGGACCACUAGCCGCAAAGAUGUCCUUCAGCAGAUGGAACUGCUCACCGCUUUCAGCACCACCAUCCACGUGCCCAACAUUGCCACAGGAGAGCAGCUGUUGGGAGCUUUGGAGCUUUUGGGCAACUUCAAUGAUAAAGAACGUACCGUAAUUGCACAGCAAGUAAACGAUAAGAAGGUCUUGAUAGGAAUCAAGAAGCUGCUAAUGUUGAUCGAGAUGUCCCUACAGAUGGAUCCUGAAUACCGUGUGAGAAAAUUCUUGGCUCUCUUAAGAGAAGAAGGAGCUCGCUCCCUUGACUUUGAAAAUGGACUAUUUGCAAACACAUAGUGACCAAGGUAAAGAUGGCCGGGGAUCGUCACUGGAUUUACUCAAGACCCUAAAUGAAGUGACUUGUUCCCUGCCUUCAACACGUGCUCACUCUGCAUGAUCAGUGCAAUAAAAGUCCCCUCCUUGU